GAGGAGCUGUACAAAUUGCACAAUGAUAAUAAUCUAAAGGAGAAACUGCAGUCCCUGAUAAACUAUCCUCUGGGGCCCACACAAUUUGAGGUGGAGUGGAAUAAACUGGUGGAUGAAUGUGGCAUAAGAGAACACCCUGCAAUUGUUGCAUUGUGGCAAAAAAGGAAGAGAUGGAUAGCAACAUAUUUCAAAGGCAUGUACUGUGGGCGAAUGACUUCCACCCAGAGAUCUGAGAGCCAAAACAGGGUUUUGAAAGAUGGUUAUGUUAACAAUGUGACAAGCCUGCAUAUAUUUGCAAAGAGGGUGCUUGACUCGAUUCAGCACACAGACCACAUGGAUGCUGGGGAAUCACACUACUCACAGACUGAAGUUGUCAGAGCCUGCAAAUCAAGAUUUGAUGAGCAACUCAGCAGGGUGUACACCAGGGCUGUGUACAAUGAAUACAAGAGGGAAUAUAUUAACAGCACAGCUUUUGUGAUAGAGCCUGAUCCGGGAGUGGAAUGCGGUUACUUGGUGAAACAUGAGAAAGGCGAUGGGACAUUUUGCUGGGCACAACACGCAUUCAAAGUGGUGGCUGACAAAGCAGCAGGCGUGUAUAAAUGCGAAUGCAUGCAGUGGGAGCAUACAGGUCUGUUCUGCAUGCACAUAAUAAAGGCAUUCACCCACCUCCAAGUCCAAAACAUACCUGAAAAGUACAUUCUGAAGUGAUAUACACGUAAUGCAAGAUCUGUGGUUCCGUGGGACCGGCACGAUGUGAGUGUUGGUGGUCAAAAUGAGACAGAGCAGUCAAGGUUGUCGAAGCUGCUGCCAAAGUUAAUGCGACUGGGAAGAGCGGGAAGCAAAUCUGAUAGAGCAUACACUGAAACUAUCAGGCACAUCGACAUGAUAACUCCUGGGAUUGAGCUUCUACGAACAGCGGAGAUUGGUCUGAUUGGUCCGGACGAAGCAACAAAUACUAAGUUGCAGCAAGAUGCAGAAGGACGGCGGAAUAUUGGUCCCAUUGCACCAACACAACAAAGUUCUGACAACAAUAUAGAACCUGUUGUGAUGCCAACUGGACCUACACCACCACCGGAAUCGGGCCUGAAUCCAGAUUCUGCAAACUGCCUCACUGAUCUAAGAUUGACUGAACCGCCAGUGUCGCGCACGAAGGGUAGGAAGUCUGCCAGUGGGGCUAAAUGUGCUAAAAAUAGUGUGGAACCUGCUAAUCCAUACAACACAUAUAGUGGUGGUUAGGGCAUAAGAGAGUGCCAAACCUGCCAUGUUAGGGGGCACUAUAGCACAACAUGCCCUCAGAACCCAAACAGAAGCAGAGCGGCCGAGAACAAGGACAAAAAGAGAAGUGCAAAAACUGUAGGUUGGACUCCAAGAAAAAGAGGUCGCCCAACAAUAAAAAAAGGACUAGAUGGGAAUCAAGAUGAGGCACAGAGUGAGGGGGAUGAUACACAGCAAUCUGGGUGCACUAUGGCGGUGCAGGAGUCAGCAGCACACACGGUGAUUGCAAGAAUUAGGAGGGCGACAACUUGCCAUGUUAAUUACCAGGACGAAAGUGAUUAAGGAUGACUAUGAAUCUGACUGAAUCUCCAAUGUAAUAUUUCAAUUUUAUCUUAUUUUAUAACUCUGUGUAAGUUAAACUCAAUAAUGACUGUGUGACUGUUCGGAAAACAGUGGACACACAUGACCAACCAAUUGCA